UAUAGUUGCCGAAAUUAAAUUAUGUUAAGUGCCCCAAAUCAGUAAGAAGGUGCAGUGAAAAGGAAGCGGCACAAACCAGCGAACGCGGAAGAGAAAGAGGAAAACAAAACAAGUUAGCGGAGCAAAGAGUGCAAAAAAUUGAAAAGUGAACGCAGAGCUAAAUAAGUUGCAAUGUGAAGAGCCCUGAAAGGACAAGUGCGAACCGAGGAACUGCACCGAGGACUUGUCGACGACUGGCAGGACCAGCUGCCACAGCAGCGAUUGACAGGACAAAAACAAAGCCCAACUAGCUGAGAGGACUUCCCGCUCGAGUGGCAAGAGCAGCAAAAGUUUAGCGUUGUUUUUCCGUUCCAUGGCCGCCGGAAAAGUGCAGCAGCAACGGGGCGCAAUGUGCUGGCCAACUACCGCAGUCGAAGAAUAGAAAAUCACUCGAAGGCCUUGCCCAAAUAAAAAGCGUUCAAAAGCAAGAAAGUAGAGACUAAAAUAAAAAAGAGCAACCACUGCGGUGCAGCAUAUGUGCUAUCGCUGUGCUUUUUUUCUGUGAUGCCACAAGGACACAAGGACACUUCAAGUGACAGCAACAUACGCGAGUUUUUCGUUCGUGGAGAGCCUUCCAACUAAGACGCAGCAGUAUGCGCAAACACAAAGCGCCGCCCAGCGGCAGUCCAAGGACAAUGGCCCAGGACAUUUCGCAAUCGGAGCCAUCGGGUGGCAACGGGCAAUCCCCCGCAGCACCAACAGCAGCAACAGCAUCCGUGGAAGCCCCACAGCAGAGCCUGCUACUGGGCCACAAUGCGGCGGAUGCCUCCGCCACUGCAGCAGCAGUAGCUAGUCGCCUGGCCCCGCCCCCCUGUAAGCAUCCCAUUAACAACAGCAACAGCAACAGCAACAACAGCAGCAGCAGCUACAACAGCAGCAGCAAGGAGCGACCUCGCCCCACAGUCCGGUUCAUAUCCCUGCUGCACGUGGCCAGCUACGUGCUGUGCCUGUGCGCCUUCAGCUUCGCCCUCUACGGCAAUGUGCGGCAGACGCGGCUGGAGCAGCGGAUGCAGCGCCUUCAACAGCUGGACGCCCGCAUCGUGGAGCUGGAGCUGCGCCUGGAGCAGCAGCAGCUGCUCCACUGGCCCGCUGAACAGACGCAGGUCUUGGCCAGUCAUCCCAGCGACACAGACAGUGGCAACAGCAAUAACGGCAGCAAGCACCUCGAGUUGCACGUGCGACGGGAGCUGCACCGCCUGCGACGGGAUGUUUCGCAUCUGCAGCUCACGAGGCGCCAGCAGCGACGCCAGGCAGCAGAGGCGGCGGCAGCAGCGGCCAGCGGAGAGGCAGGAUCCGGAUCUGGAGGUGGACAGUGCCAGUGUCAGCCAGGUCCUCCAGGUCCGCCCGGUCCACCGGGAAAACGAGGGAAACGCGGCAAGAAGGGAGACAGCGGCGAAAAGGGCGAUCCGGGCCUGAAUGGCAUCAGUGGGGAGAAGGGCGCGGCGGGUAAGCCCGGAGACAAGGGACAGAAGGGCGAUGUCGGCCACCCCGGCAUGGAUGUCUUCCAAACCGUGAAGGGUCUGAAGAGAUCGGUGACAACGCUGCAUGGCGGCACGCUGGGCUAUGCGGAGAUAGUUGCUGUUAAGGGAGAGCCCGGUGAGCCGGGUCCGCCAGGACCUCCGGGCGAAGCGGGCCAGCCGGGUGUGCCGGGCGAGCGAGGACCACCGGGCGAAGCCGGAGCGCAAGGUCCGCAGGGCGAGGCCGGACAGCCAGGAGUCGCAGGACCGCCCGGCGUGGCCGGUGCACCUGGCACGAAGGGCGACAAGGGCGAUCGAGGCGAUCGUGGACUAACCACAACCAUCAAGGGUGACGAGUUCCCCACUGGCAUCAUCGAGGGUCCGCCGGGACCAGCGGGACCACCUGGUCCGCCUGGAGAACCAGGAGCUCGAGGAGAAGCGGGACCCAUUGGACCAGCAGGACCUCCCGGCGAGAAAGGACCGCGCGGCAAACGGGGAAAGCGGAUAUUCGGACCCGGAGGCACCAAAAUAGACGAGGACUACGACGAUCCGCCGGUGACAUUGUUGCGAGGUCCACCAGGACCGCCAGGAAUCGCUGGAAAGGAUGGACGCGAUGGACGGGACGGCAGUAAGGGAGAACCUGGUGAGCCAGGAGAGCCCGGAUCUUUGGGUCCGCGAGGAUUAGACGGACUGCCCGGGGAGCCGGGCAUCGAAGGACCACCGGGACUGCCGGGAUACCAGGGUCCACCAGGUGAAAAGGGAGAUCGCGGCGAUAUUGGCCCACCUGGAUUGAUGGGUCCCCCGGGCUUGCCAGGACCUCCAGGAUACCCUGGCGUCAAGGGGGACAAGGGCGAUCGUGGUGACUCGUACCGCAAAAUGCGACGUCGCCAGGAUGACGGGAUGUCCGACGCACCCCACAUGCCCACCAUCGAAUAUUUAUAUGGCCCCCCGGGACCUCCAGGACCCAUGGGUCCGCCAGGACACACCGGCAGCCAGGGAGAACGCGGCUUGGACGGUCGCAAGGGAGAUGCGGGUGAAAAGGGCCACAAGGGAGACCAGGGACCUAUGGGACUGCCGGGUCCGAUGGGCAUGAGAGGCGAGUCAGGACCUUCUGGACCCUCUGGAAAGGCUGGCAUACCGGUGUGGGGCGACUACUAAUACUAGUUAAAAGGCAGUCUCUAUUAAAAAAUAUAACCAGCACUCAUUGCGCCAAAGUCGAAAUGAAAUGCGACUUGAAAUAAAUCCAUUGAAAACUCACGCACACCCACACUAAAACACAUUCACACACACAGUCGAACAGAAAGUCCUUAGGAUGAAAAACUCAAUUUAAUCAAAGCAAAACAAUGUUCAAAGUUAAGAGGCCGCGCAAUGCUUGUCAAAUGUGCUCAAUGUGCUCAGUUAACGUCUAUAUAUAUAUAUAUAAAUUUGUAUAUGACAGGCGUACUAUCUGUAUAUCAAUUUGUACAAAACGCACCCAUGUACAGAAAAGCAAAUUCAAAAUAGCAGCAUGUCAGUGCCGAGUAAGCAAAUCAAUUAGUUGCACAAGGCAAAGAACCGAAACCGAACGAACCCCCUCCACACAGCCCGCAUGGGAAAAAAAUAAUAUUCAUAUCAUUUAAAAUGCCCCAAGAGUCAAAUAAGUAUUUAUGUAUACAAUCAAAUAGCGCAAACAAACGUGUGUCUACAGAAGCGUAUUUACAAACUUCAAUCAAUCGAAUCAACUAACACACACUUUGAACCCACACCCCACAAGCAUGCACAUUCACUCCCACUUACACACUCACCACCCACACACAGCACACACACAUCAAACAGUUGUACAACAAACCAACUAACAAAUAUGCAAUGCAAAUAUUUUAAUUGCAUUUCAUUCGCCGCCGUUCUGUGCGAAGCAAUUGCAGCAGGAGCAGGAAAGCCUCUUGAAAAUGCAUAAAUCAUACGCACCGUGGUACGUGAAAACAGCAUGCAAUGGAUUGAACUGGAUUUCUCAUGGAUUUCAAGUGCUUCAGCGGGUGCGAAGCAAUAAUUUCUGGAUUAUAACGAAACCAAGACGCAAUCAUCGGCAAUUAGCCAUAUGUGACUUAAUUACUUGCUUAAUCAGAUUAUUCUUAACAAUUGACCCGAAUGAGUCCUUGCCACUUGCCACUUGGGCUGCGUCUGCGUUUGCGUCUGCUCCUGCUGCAUUCUGCAUUGUCUUAGGUGCCGUCCAUGGGCUACGUCUGAAUAUUCAAAUAAAACUUGUUCAGAUAAAUAGCAUUAUUGCCAAUGCUUCAAUGUGAAACACAAAGCUAAGAGCAGAAAUCCCGUAAAUGUGUGUUUAAAUAAGGAAUUUGGCUUAUUAAAGGCGUCGAAAGAAAAGAAUUGUAAGAUAUUUUCAUCCAGAACUCCCUCUUGAUGUCUACUAUUAACAAAUACAGUUUAGUUACCUAUACACAAGCACACACAGUCCACAUAAAAGAGGUUUAUACAUACACGGCAAUGUACUCUAAUAUCGAUAACAAAGAGCUAUCCAAACCAAUUGUGCAUAUUUUUCAGUGUUAAUGAAUACAACUCGAAUAAACAAGCGAGUGUGCAGAAACUAGUUAGGCGAAAGAUGAAUUCUAUAGUCGAUAACCGAUGCUUUUCAAUUGAGAAACAGGCUUGAAAAAGCUGCUAAAGCUGGAGUAUUCUCUCCAGAAAUGCGAAAUUAAAAACAAUAAAUACAUAAUCUUACCACAAGUAUGUAUCCUAUUGGUUUCAUGGACAUCUCAAACAAAGUAACGCAAAACAAUUCUAUUUAUACAACAACAAAAACGAAUGCAUAAAUUAAAAUUUUCGAGUAACUGCAGCAUUUUCAAUUUCAACGCUCAAACUAGGCAAAGGACGAAUAAAACGGCCUGAAAAUCAAACAUAAUCAAUGCAAAUGAAAUAAUGCCAUGGAAAUAUGAUAAUAAAAGUAUAUAUACAGCCAUUUGACGGCCUCAGCCCUGCAUACUUCGCAUAAAAGUUGAAUGGAAAUGGGAAUUAUCGAAUAUGCAAAUGGCAAAUGGAAAUGUUUGCAGCUUUAAUGUUUACUCAAACGGCAAACGGCAUCGAAAAUCAGAAAGAAUAUGUCAAUUUGUUUUCAAUUAGAUGUGUCUCGUUGUUGUAAUAAUCCCCAAUGGAAAACAAAAUACACAGGCAAAUUGUAUGUCAAUUUUCAUUUAAUCCACUAAAUGUCGAACAACCCCAAAUGUGUACAUAAGCGCGGUAACGGUAACGAACGUAACUUAAUCGUAAUUAAUUAUUCAUUUUUUCUAUCCCUUUUAACCUCUCAACGUGUUUACUUGCAACUAGCUCUCUUUAUAUAGAUACUUGCCAUCUGAACUAUCUCUAGAUUCUCUCACUUAUGUACUAACUACGAACUCAACUUUCUCGAUCAAUAGGCUAGAAUAAUGAAUUGUGUUUUGCGAUUAAAACCUAACAUUAACUCAAAAAAAUAACUAUAUAUGAGAAGUCGUAAGAAAGGUUAAACCCCUAAUAAGCCGCUAAUUUUAAGUGUAAAUUUGUUAAUUACCCAAUAAACACGAGGAGUUUGCAAACGAACAAAAAAUAUACAAAUAAAUAUAUAUUUACGUGUAUUUAUGUCUACGAGUAUAUACAUACAUCCAUGCAUAUACCAAAUGUCGAUGUUCGAGUGCAUUAUCCCACUACAAACACAAAAUGAAAUAUUUUUAUCCGUGCUGCUGCAUUUCAAAUGUAUGAUUCGAAUGAAAUUAAAACGAAUGUGAAUUCUGGUAAUCAUUUGUCGCGGCAUGUGCGAACUGAAACGGCAAACAUUCGAUGGAAUGCCUGGAAUGACCGAAUUGUAAAAUGGCUAAACGAAACUAACAUAAUUUUCGAAUUAAUUAUGCAUUUCCAAUAAAGUGAUGGUUUUUUACUAAAAA